AUGCCUGAUAUACAAUCUAUGAUUGUUGACAUUUUCCAUGGAAAUAACAAGCCUCUAGAUAUAAAUGAAUUUUUGGAGCCUUUUGUUGAGGAUGUUAAGCGGCUGCAAUCAAAUGGACUCUGUGUUAAUGGGCAUAUGAUUCACAUAAAAAUUAGAUGCUUUAUCUGCGAUUCACCUGCACGGGCAUUUAUUAAAGGUGUAGUCAAUUUCAAUGGGAUUAAUGGAUGCCUUAAAUGCACUACUGAAGGCGAAUAUUCUUAUCUUUCUCGAACUGUUGUAUUUCCUGAUAUAAAAUGUCCUCUUAGAACUGAUGCAAAAUUCAGAAGUAAACAUUAUGGUAAGCACCAUAAAGGGCAAGAGUCACCAAUUUUGAAAAUUUCCGAAGUUGACAUGGUGCAGGAUUUUAUAGUAGCAGAUGAACUACAUCUUUUAGAGCUAGGUGUGAUGAAGCGUUGUCUAACAGGAUGGAAAGAUGGUUCUAUGGGUUUCUCAAGUAAGCUAUGUGCUCGUGAUAUUGAGAGGAUCUCCAAACAUUUAAUAUCUGUGAAACUUCCAUCUGAAAUUCAUCGUUCCACAAGAGGAUGUGUUGAACACUGA